AUGAUUCCCGAUUUAUUAGUGCUUCCACCAACUACUGAUUUGCACAAUCAUCCUUUGGUCACAAACAGAAGUGUAUUUAUGCAAGGUAAGGCAAGUUCCAUGGUGGCAGUUGCCCUUGGGCCUAAACCAGGGUGGGAAACAUUAGCCUCCGAAGGGGAAGUUGUUGACGAUUUGUUUUCUGCUUAUAUGAAUCUUGAAAAUCGUGACACAUUAAACUCUUCUGGAACUGACGAUAAACAAGGAACUGAGAAUCGUGUAGAUUUAGAUAGUCGAGCUAGUGGAACAAAAACAAAUGGAGGUGAUAGCAGUGAUAAUGAAGCUACAAGUAGUGUUAAUGAUAAAGGGAUUAAACGGAGUGCAGGUGGAGACAUUGCUCCAACAACAAGGCAUUAUAGAAGUGUGUCAAUGGAUAGUUUUAUGGGGAGGAUGAACUUUGCUGAUGAAUCACCUAAGCUUCCUCCUUCUCCUGUAGGGCAUAUUGGUCAAUUAUCCCCAACUAAUUCAAUCGACUCAAAUUCAAAUACAAAUACGUUUAGUUUGGAGUUUGGAAAUGGUGAGUUUACAGGGGCUGAGCUCAAGAAAAUCAUGGCUAAUGAGAAACUUGCAGAGAUUGCUUUAUCUGAUCCCAAACGAGCCAAAAGGAUUUUGGCAAAUCGACAAUCUGCUGCAAGAUCAAAAGAGAGGAAAAUGUGUUACAUUACAGAAUUGGAGCACAAGGUUCAAACUUUACAGACUUAAGCAACCUAA